UAAAGCAGUCAACAACCAGCGGCGCGCCAUAUUCAACGCUUUGAGUCAGGACUACUUUUUCUUGCGGGAUUAAAUGUGUAAUACAUUCUUUAUUUAUUGAACUGUUUAUUAUUACUAGUAUUUAUUACGUCUGUAAGUAAGAAUGGACUGUGUGGAUUUCCCAAGAGUUCUGCCAAAUUCCCCCAGAAAAGCCCGCGGACAGAUUCAGGUCAUCUUUGGACCCAUGUUUUCAGGAAAAAGCACUGAACUGAUGCGAAGAGUGCGCCGGUUCCAGAUCGCCCAGUACAACUGCCUGGUGAUCAAAUAUGCCAAAGACACACGUUAUUCUGACAGUGGCAUGGCCACACAUGACAGAAGCACAAUGGAAGCGGUACCUGCAAGUUCUCUGGGAGAAAUUCGUCCUCUAGCAUUACAAGUCUGUGUCAUUGGAAUUGAUGAAGGCCAGUUUUUUCCAGACACGGUGGAGUUUUGUGAAGAGAUGGCCAAUUUAGGGAAGACGAUCAUUGUUGCUGCUUUGGAUGGAACCUUCCAGAGAAAACCAUUUGGAAACAUCCUGAACCUCAUCCCUCUAGCGGAGAGCGUCGUGAAGCUCCACGCCGUCUGCAUGCAGUGUUACAAAGAAGCUGCCUACACCAAGAGGAUAGGAGCAGAGAAGGAGGUGGAAGUGAUUGGUGGAGCUGACAAGUAUCAGGCGGUGUGCAGAAAGUGUUAUGGAGGUCUGUUUGUGGACAAAGAGAACAAUGCUCCCUUCAGGAACGAAACCCCACAACAAGUCCUCUCGGGGAAACUCAUAGACUCCGCGAUUCCCAGGAAGCUUUUCUCUUCUCUCCAUCUCUGAACACAAAAAUAAGACUAAUGUAUAUAAUGUGUGUUUUGUUUGUUUUGUGUGUGAUUGAGCGAGCCUUAACUUUCACUUCCUGGUAUUUUAAAUACCUUUUAGUUUCUGCUAACAAAUUGGGAUUUGAUCAGCCCAAUUCAUUUUCUUUUAAGCUUUUGUGUUUGUAUUUUAUGUGUUAUGUUUUACAUGAUAUGACCAUGCACUUGAAAACCCUGAAUGAGUGACCGAACUAAUAACACAAUGUCAAAGGUUACACUAAACUGUGGUUGUUUGGGAUUAUCUUAACGUCUUUAACUGUAGCAGUAUCCUGUCAAAGGUUUUUAAUUAUUUACUGUAUAAAAAUGUAUUUUCUGGGAACAUUCAUAAAGAAAAUAUCCUUUGUGGAUGGUUUUGCCCAUGUUCUUUUUGGCAGGUCAAGAGUAGUUUUAAGUAAUAUUCAAAUUCCAUCAUAUCAGUUGGGAGAUUAUCCUUUUCCUCAUUUUAAAAUUUACAGUAAAUGAUUUUAACUUUAGCACACUGCUGUGCGAUGGGUAACUGAAUGCCCUCCCACGUGACAGAGGACCAAAAUAACCUGUUUAAAUCCUGGCAGGCUCUGAGGCUGCGCAGCGAGCUGGUGGGUCGGAAUGGAAAAAGUAUAUCAUCCCUACAAUAUAAAACCUGUAUUAAUGCAGAACACAGAUGCAACAAUAUCAUUAAUAUAACUGAACAGCCUGUAGAUGAUUUUAUUCUGACAUUACAAAAAGUAAAGACAAGGGAGCACAUGGCAAUUUAACAACCGUCAUAAGAGGAAAAUAGAAAAACAAAUCAAACUCGCCAGUGUUUUUGCCAGUUUUUAUAAAACUAUUUUAAGCAUCACAAAUCACCCAUCCACUAAUCUUAAACAUGGACCUUCAUGAAAUCUAAAUGGAAAAUUUACAAAUAUCAAAUAAAUUUAGCAAAAAUGUCAGAUGUGCCACAAAAUAUUAAUUGCAUUACCUUGUUACCAUAACAAAGCUAUAUUUGGACAGUAAAUCUAAAAGGCACAAUUGAGAGAUUUCCUGUCAGUUAAUUGAUUUAAGUUGUGUGAUGACGAGCUGCAGUCUUCACCAGCAGAUAGAUAUAUGGAUUUUAAUUGUUGACUGAAGAACAGAGUCAACUGAUUUUUCCAGAGCAUUAAAAUCAGCCUUUGCAAAAAAAAAA